UUAAAAAAAAUGAUUUAUUGAAUUAUGUACCUAUAAUAGUUUAAUUGCAUUAUAAAGAAAUACUAAGAAAAUAUGUGAAUGAAAUGAUACAUUUGUUAUUAUUGUAUACGUAAUAACUAUAAUGAGUAAUUACUAAUUGUAUUGUUCAUUAAGUAAUAUUGCUCUUUAUAUAUAAACAUUAAACGCACAUGUUCUCAAGGUGAACAAUUUACGAUAUUGUUUGAAUAAAGUAACUAAACACAGGAAUCCCCUGCUACUAACAUAAUAAUAUAAUAACAUUGUUGCAAACUGAAUAUUGGAAAUCACGUCGGCAGGUGGACAUUUAUUGAAACCAUAAAUUCGAACAGAAGCUGAGCUAAAACAAUGCGUGCACGUCUUCCGUCCGACUGCAGUAUCGAACGAAAGGUCUUAAAGGAUCGAUAUCGAGUGCACACGAAUAAUAAUUUUAGGACCGUUGAGCCAAAGUUAAAACACAGGACUGCUGCAGGACGAACACCUAACGGAUCGACCGACAUUAAGACACGACAACUAGAGAUGAAUGAAAUAGUUGCUGCAAAUCGGAGUUCUGCAGUAGAUUUUUCGGCUGGUCACAAUAAUGCAAACGGUUCUGAAAUGUCAUCUGCAGUAAAUAAUCAAAAUGGCAAAAUACUUUCGGCAGACGACGACAAUUUAUUGCCAAACCAAACUGUUAUGGCCAAUGAGGUGAUCGGAGAUAUGGAUGAAGAUACACCAAAAGCAUUUAACUUAUACAGAAAUAAAAAGUUAUUGUCUCAUGGUAUGAUGGACGUGGCACUUUUUUCUGCAAAUGCAAAUCAACUAAGAUAUGUAUUAGAAAAUAGCGAUGGUACCGCCCUUUACGUCAUUUGCGUUGUGCUUUUGUUGAUUAGCAUAUUUUUGCAGAUUUUAGUUGGCGUAGCGCUUUUACUGAGUGCUCGGUACAAUGUGACCAAUUGUGACCAACGAAAGAUGGCAUUUAAAUUGGGAAACUAUGUCAUUGUUGGUAUAUUCCUCAUAACGGUGGUCAACAUUUUCAUAACAUCAUUUGGAGGUCCAACAGUAAAUUCACCUGCAAUAGUGUUGUCCACUCCUGUGACUGAGCCACCAAAUUUAUUAUUAUAGAUCCACGCUAAAGAUUUAUCACUGUAAAAUAUUAAAAUUAAUGAUAUUUUUAAUUUUUAUUAAUAAACAAAGUACAAACUAUACUCAUAUUGGCUAUUCGCACAUAUUUAUAUACACACAGGAAAUUAUAGCUCUUAAAGUUUAGACUUAUAAGAGGUAUAUAGUUGGAUAAGAAUUAAGGGCUCAACUAAACUAUCUAUUUAAAAUUUAAAUUAAAAAAAUAUGGUUCUAAAAUAUAUAAUGCUAGGCAAAAAAAUGUCAUAAUUUCUAUUUAGUCAUUACUUAAUAAUUAUUAAUUAAUAUAUAUUUUAAUAUUUUUCUAGCUAUGUACAAAAAUUGAAAAAUAAGUUUUUUUAAUCAAGAUUUAGUAAUAAGAAAUAUUUUGUUGAAGGGGGUCUCGAUUUCUAACACAUUUGUAAAAAUGUUAUUUGUAAGUAAAUAAAAAAUAAAUGGAUUGUAUUAAUA